CUCAUUCCUGACUGGACCAAAGACACGCAGACAAACCCUGGAGGGUCUUGCUCGCACUUUCUUCAUCAUUCAUAUUCCAUCCCUUUAUCGCUUAAUUUAUCCACCACCAUCACAGCGGAUUUCAUAUCUCUCUAACUUUCCUUUGACAUAACUUUUUGAGUAAGUCAGGCGGAGGAAACAUCUGCAGCCGAAAACGCGCUACAAUGGAUGCGGUGCUGUUUGUAGCAUUCCUUUCCUGGAUGACCCCUGCUCUGGUAGCAGCAGCAGACGGUGACAAAGACUAUGACAGCGCUUUUCAAUACGAUUAUGAAUCGCUGAGGAUUGGUGGCCUAGUUUUUGCCGCCGUGCUGUUCCUCCUGGGCGUCGCCCUCAUCGUCGGCAGGAAAUGUGCGUGUUCCAAGAGUGGCAAGUCUAGGUCCCGGGAUCCUAAUGCAGAAUCAGGUGUCCCAAGAGUUUAACACCACAGACAAAGAGCAGCUGUUAUCACGCUUUACCACCAGAUGGCAGCAGUUGCAAUCCGCAUAAGACAAUCACCCUUUAGUUUUAAAUGCCUCUUCAUGUCUUCACUCUCUCUUUUCUAAAUCAUCUUGACCUCUGACUAUUUCCUUAUUAGGAUGUAAAUGUGUAUAUUUACUUAGUGUCUUUGCACACAAUACGACACAAUAAACCUGUUGUAAAAUGCACCUUUUUAUGUGUGAUGUAUGCCACAUAAUUCCGUCUCCCGUGCGUGUCUCAUAGGACUGGAAGACAAGCGUGUGCUGCCCUGAGGCUUGUUGCUGACGUUGCACUUGGCUCAGCAGCCAGCAGUCAGUAUAAAUUAUUUAUGUGCUGCAAAGUGCACCAAUGCAUCUCAUUUAAUCCAAACUCUGCGGCCAUUGCUGAUUAACAUAGGGAUUUUGCACAAAUUGGCUGAUAUGUGAGAAUAAAAGCUGCAUCUCUGCAGUGGUGAUAAAGAUGAGUGCAAAGCUUGCAACAAUUCCAGGGGGUAAAACACAAAAUGCAGCACCUAUCAUACUUAAAUAUUAUGUUUUGAAAUAUAGCCUCGUGUUUAUUGUUAAGCUUCAAAAUGGUGCUAAGGAUGGCGGUGCACCAUUUGUACAAGUGUAGUGUUUAAGUGUGGCCACUAGGAGGCUCUUGACUGGUUUACACUGAGUU